AUGAGUCCCAGCUGCAUGCAGGGCUGGGGGGUGGCCAGCACGGUCACGAGAGUCAAUCCAGAGCACGGCAGGGUGCCAGGGCGCGGUGCACGGUCUCCUCCAUGCCCUCCCUGCUGCCCAAUCGGCCGCAUUCCCACGUCCCGUGAUCAGUGGCCAAGGGUUGUGCUGCGCCCCGACCUUUGAGAUGAGCUGCGCUCGUCCCACGGCACCCGGAGCCCAGCUGCCCCCCAGAGCGAUGGCAGCAGUGUUGGCUCUGCUGGUGCUGGUGGCCUGGCCAGCUGCCACCGCAGCAGCGACAGUGACACAGGACUCGGUGCUCAACAUCUGCAUGGACGCCAAGCACCAUAAAACAGAGCCUGGCCCUGAGGGGCAGCUCUACGGGCAGUGUGUCCUCUGGAAGGACAACGCCUGCUGCACUGCCAACACCAGCAUGGAAGCCCACCAGGAUCAGUCCUACCUGUACAACUUCAACUGGGACCACUGCGGGGCCAUGCCAGAGAAGUGCAAGCGCCACUUCAUUCAGGACACGUGUCUCUAUGAGUGUUCCCCCAACCUGGGGCCAUGGAUCGACCAGGCAGACAGCAGCUGGAGGAAGGAGCGGAUCCGGGACGUGCCACUGUGCCAGGAGGACUGUGAGCAGUGGUGGGAGGAUUGCCAGGAUGCUGUCACUUGCAAGGCCAACUGGCACACGGGCUGGAACUGGACUACAGGCACCAACCAGUGUCCCAAGGGUGCCAUGUGCCAGAAGUUCAAGUACGUGUUCCCCACGGCGGCUGAGCUCUGCGAGCAGGUCUGGUCUGGCUCCUACCGCUACACGUCCCAGCACCGUGGCAGCGGCCGCUGCAUCCAGAUGUGGUUCGAUCCCGCGCAGGGGAACCCCAAUGUCGCCGUCGCCCAAUAUUACGCCCGUGGCGAUGCUCCCCCAACCUACCCGCUCUCCAUCCUGCUGUCUCUGCUGCCCCUCACCCUCCUGGCCCCGCUCUAAGCAGGAGGGGCUGCAGGCACGAGCAGGGAGUAGAUGGGCAGGGGGGUCACCAGGCUGCCUUGUGCCUCCCCGUGAGAUGUCCCCAAGCUGUGUCCCCCCCAGGCAUAUGGCUUAUGAAUAAACACUCCUGCUCUACUUGGUGUUGGGGUGCUGUGGGGCUGAGGGCUGGGGAGGGUAAUAGGAUGGUGGAGGUGUCUGAUCCUGCUUCUGAUGGGGAGAUGAAGCAGACAUCCCUCCAAUUCAUUUGUACCAAUCAACCUGGCUACCCGG